AUGGAGGGCCUGUUCUUCAACGUUAACAGCGGCUAUAUCGAGGGGAUUGUCCGUGGAUACCGGAACAGCCUCCUCAACGGGCAACAUUAUUCGAACCUGACACAAUGCGAGACUAUCGAUGACGUCAAACUGCAGCUGGCGCCCGCAUAUGGCGAUUUCCUCGGAGCUCUUCCUCCCAACCCCUCCACAUCUGCCCUGGCAGGCAAGAUGACCGACAAGCUAGUCGCCGAGUUCCGCUACCUCCUCGCGCAGGCUACGGGGUCGACUGCCCGGUUCCUAGAAUACCUCACAUACGGAUACAUGAUUGAUAACGUUGCGCUUCUCAUCACCGGAACCUUGCACGAACGUGAUACGCGAGAGCUUCUAGAGCGAUGCCACCCGCUCGGAUGGUUCGAAACCCUACCGGUACUAUGCGUUGCGACGAAUAUUGAGGAACUUUACAACUCCGUGCUAGUCGAAACUCCGCUGGCUGGUUUCUUCAAGGACAGUCUGAGCCACCAGGACUUGGACGAGCUCAACAUCGAAAUCGUACGAAACACGCUCUACAAGAACUACCUUGAAGACUUCUACAAGUUUGUCACUACACAUCCAGAUUUCAAGGGAACGCCGACGCAAGAAGUAAUGGCAGAGAUUCUCGAAUUCGAGGCGGAUCGACGUGCUAUCAACAUCACAUUGAACUCAUUUGGCACAGAGCUCUCCAAGCCGGAGCGGAGGAAGCUCUACCCCGAAUUCGGUAAACUGUACCCCGAAGGGUCGCUGAUGCUUUCUCGGGCCGACGAUAUCGAAGCUGUGUCGCUGGCCGUGAGCAUAUCCGCAGACUACAAGGCAUUCUUUGACGCCGUGGGUCUCACACAAGGAGGCGGGCUUGGCGGUAUGGGUGGUUCUGAUGGCAAGAGCUUGGAAGACUUGUUCUACCAAAAAGAGAUGGAGAUGAGCAAACUCGUUUUCACCCGACAGUUCACCCCUGCCAUAGUGUACGCCUGGAUGCGACUAAAGGAACAGGAAAUUCGAAAUGUCACCUGGAUUUCGGAGUGCAUUGCUCAGAACCAAAAGGAGAGAAUUGGAAACUUCAUCUCCGUCUUCUAA